AGUUGACGGAGGAGGGCUCGUGCUUGGAAGGUUCGCGGGAAACAUCCCAAAACAAAUCUGUUCUAUUGGAAACGCGAGCGGCUUCAAACUCAAUUUAAACUUAUAUAUAAAACUGGAAACCAUCAACCACACUGAUAAUAAAGUCUUCUUCAAACGCGGUACUAAUAUUACUAAAUAUUACUUUGAAACUGAACGAGCUACUUACAUUAGCUAGCUACUUUAGGUAGCUCCAGGCUAACACAACAGUGCUAAUCUGUGAACACGAGAGGUAACGGUAAUCCGGACGGGGGAGUUAGCCGUGCGAACACGGCGGGGUGAAGCACUCGGUAACCGGCGAGAGACAUGGCGGAGAGACCCGAAGAUCUAAACCUGCCCAACGCGGUGAUCACCCGCAUCAUCAAGGAGGCGCUCCCAGAUGGGGUUAAUGUGUCGAAAGAAGCCCGGAGAGCCAUAUCCCAAGCUGCCAGUGUGUUUGUGCUGUAUGCAACGUCCUGUGCAAACAACUUUGCCAUGAAAGCCAAAAGGAAAACUCUGAACGCAGGAGAUGUUUUGUCUGCGAUGGAGGAAAUGGAGUUUGAACGAUUCCUGGAGCCUCUCAGAGAAGCUCUAGAAGUGUACAAGAAGGGCCAGAAAGGAAAGAAGGAGGUGUCUGAGCAGAAACGUAAAGACAGAGAGAAGAAGACCGACUCUGAGAAUGAUAAGAGCAGGGAGGAGGAAGAGGAGGAAGAGCGCAUGGACGAGGAACCUGAAGCCGAGAAUGAGGCAGAGGAGGAAGAUGUGGAGAAUUGAUGAUAACACAAACAAAAAUACACUCAUCACUCUACUGGGCGUGUUGCGUUCAAGUGACACUCAGUCAGCAUUGAGCAAAACUGAAUCAAUUCAUCCAGGUUCAGUGAGCCAACAAUGGGUGGAGGUUCAAUUAUAAAAAGGGCAGCUGCUGUCUUCAGCACAAAGAAACAACAACUACGUCACGCACUUCCUGAUAUUUUGUCCUUUUUUGUAUUUAUUUGUUGUAUAUAUCUUUCACCUUUUGAUACAAACACUGUUCUAUACAGUAAAGGAUAUACAGUAGUAAGUGUCCGUUGACAGAAAGUUAAAUUCAAAGUGACUGAUUCUGGCUCAUUGGACUUAUAUGCUCUUGUAUAUAUAUGUAUUCAAUCUAUAUACUAAGUUGGCUGACGGGCAAUGACAUUACAACGGCCUAAGACACUUCCAGGAGAAACGUGCUGUUCAUUCAUACACAAUGCAAAUAAAAUAAAAUAAAUAUGCCAAAACGCAUGCAAAUGAAGAAACAUCUUAACCAACUUGACAACACAUGCGCAGCAUUUAGAAAAUAUUCACCAAUUUGAGAAAACAUGCGCAUCGUUUACUGAAACCGCUUAAACCGAACACUGGAAAUACAAAACACAAUGGAAACGGGGGACAUUAAAAAGGGAUGCACACAGCUGGAACCGGAGCAUUUGUUGAUGUUUGGGGAUUAUGAAGUUGGCCAACUGUCUCCGACACUGACCUAAAAUGUAUAUUUUAUUGACUUAUGUUAACAAUGUGAUCCCAGGAUUCCCUCCAAUAUUUGAGUAGAUCUGCUGUAAGCUAGCUAGCUAGCUAACGUAGCUAACAUACUCAUUUGAAUCUACUGACAAAACAUUUACAAUUAAAACUUACUGCCAACAUUGACAAUCCUUGAAUGUCAACAAGUGCUCCGGUCCCAGCUGUGUGCUUCAAUUGUUUGUGUGCCUGGUUUCUGUUGCGUUUUGAGCUUCUUGCGGCGUUUUUUUUAUUUGAAGCAUUUUGUUUUGCUGCGUUUAGUUUAUGCAGCACUGUUAGUUAACAGUGUAUGUUUCGUCAAGUCUAAUGGAAGUGUUUUGGGCUGUCUGAUUUGCCCAUUGGCUCACAUAACAUAGCGUAGUUGGACACGUUUUCCAGUUAUGAAUAGAUUAAAGUAUUUGAUAGUGGCAGCAUUACUGUGAUACCCUCAAUUAAGGAACAACCUUUUAUUUAUUCCACAAAAGCACUCAAAUAAAAAUAGAUUCAAAUGACAUGUUUCAUAAAAGUAACAAAAAACCUGCCCUGAAAUUUGCUACUAGCUUAGGGUACGAAAUCACACUAGUUUGGAAGCUAGCAUCACAGUUUUGUAUUUUACCAUAACACGGUUCUUUUUUCAAUAACAAAAUACCAAGAGCUUAAUGUACUAAAAGAUGCCUUUAUUGAAUUGUUGUGGACUACAUAACCUCAGUAUAAAGAGCUGCACCUGUUAAAUUUUUGAACCAUUUAUACUUUUGUAGAAUUGUAAAUGGUUGAAAUUUUCAAUAAAUCUUUUGUAUUAAAA